GGAGAAGUGAAAAACAGUUCGCGCCGGGUGCAUCGAAGAUUGGCAGUUUUGAGCGAUAAUACACGAAACCUGCACAUAGAAUUCACAGGGAAUGAUCUCUUGGACUUACUGAACAAUUUUAUGUGGCUUUAUUACACAUUUGGACAGAUUUUCACUUAUAUAUUGUGAUUUUUCCGAACUACCUCCGACCGAUCUCGGAUUGGUGAUCAGCUGUUGGGCGGAUGGCGAUUGGCUGGCUCUAGUUCGCAGAACUCGAAUAUUUCUCCCAAUUUUAAUCCAAUGGAUCAUCCAAUCAUGCCGGGGAAAACAAGAACAGCCCCUAUAGAUAUUGAGUCUUUAGAAUUUGAUGGUGAUACGGUCCUGUGUCGGGUGUGUGGCGACAAGGCAAGUGGCUUCCAUUAUGGCGUGCAUGCCUGUGAGGGAUGCAAGGGAUUCUUCCGACGUAGCAUCCAGCAGAAGAUUCAAUAUCGGCCGUGCCUCAAAAAUCAACAAUGCAAUAUCAUGCGGGUGAACAGGAAUAGGUGCCAAUAUUGCAGGUUAAAGAAAUGCAUAUCCGUCGGCAUGUCCAGGGACGCUGUCCGAUUCGGCCGCGUCCCAAAGAAGGAGAAAGCAAAAAUAAUGGAACAGAUGCAGAAAGUCAACUUAAAUUCCCAAUUCAACUACCUCAGCGCGAUUCUUCAGAACGAGACAAAUAUUAUCCAGCAGACGAUAAAAGCCCAUGUGCAGACGUGUGAAUUUACACGUGAGAAGUUUGAGAGGUUUCAGAAGAAAGCGUGGCAGAAACCAGUGUUUGUGGAUUGUCCUGCGCAUAGGGCCUGUCCAUUGAACCCUAACCCAGGCGAUGAGGGCGAGGGCAGCAAAUGGGAGGACUUCUCCGAUAGCUUCACGCCCGCCAUCCAGAGCAUCGUCGACUUCUCCAAGGGUAUCCCUGGUUUCACGGUCCUCAAUCAAGAAGACCAGGUCACGUUAUUGAAAGCUGGCACAUUUGAAGUUCUGCUGUUACGAUUGGCUUGUAUGUUUGACACACAGACCAACACUAUGCUCUUCUCUAAUGGAAAACUGUACAAAAGGCCAGCGUUGGACAACAGCAACGCAGGCUUCCUACAAGAAUCGAUGUUUGACUUUGCUGAACGUCUCAACGAGCUGCGUCUGACAGAUGAGGAGGUGGCACUGUUCUCUUCCAUCGUAAUCAUUGCGUCCGAUCGGCCAGGAUUGCGCAAUCCUGAACACGUGGAGCGGAUCCAGGCCAAACUAACCCAUGGUCUGCAGAACAUGAUGCUACAGAAUCAUCCCGAGGAUCCAACUAUGUUUGGUAAACUCCUUAUGAAGAUCCCUGAUCUCAGGACCCUGAAUACGCUACAUUCAGAGAAACUCCUGGGCAUGACGAUGGUGCCAGUAAAUCUACGUCAACAGCCCGACAAGAUCUCAUUGAAUGGGACCAAUGCAAUCUGCAAAAAUGAAAAUGAAGACUAUUACAUGGAUUCAACAGAGAUAGACGACGAUACCCAUAGACCUAUGAAUCCCACGAACGGCUAUAUUCCAAAGGUACCACAGUAUCCUCCACGUGACUAUGCUCAGCAAGAUUCAAAACGGGCCAGUCCAGUGGAGCAGGAGGCACCGAAUGCUAAUUCCGCCUAUCCAUAUCCGAAGAACUCCGUACCGUUUCCAAUCAGUUCGGAUCUAGUCUCGAAUAUGAGUCGUCAGAUGACCACUAACGGAUUACGUGUCGAUACUCUGAUACGCGAGCACGUGACGGCCCGGAUGCCGUACCUGCCGGACGCCCGUUGCCCAAUGGAUCAGAUGCUUUCAAUAAACAUUCCUCAUUCUGAAGCAAAUCAGGUAGCACCACAAACAAACGGGGGCGAACAAUCUCCAAAAUGCUUCGAAGAGCAUGUAAACGGGAUCAUCGAGCAAGAAUGCAUGGAGAAAAAACCAAAAGCAAUUCCUACAGAAUGUUUACCACUCAGGAAACGUUCAUUAGAAUAUGAAGAAGCGCCUGCACCAAAGUUGCCUCGCUUGACAAGUGCCGAAGAGGAGUUUGGGAAGUUAAGUGACCUAUACCACGCUGGAACGCCACCAAAGUUUGGCGUCAUCUCACAAAUAAUGACACCAGAACAGGAGAGUCUACGGCAGGAUGUUUUUGACAAUUCACGCCGCGGUUCGAUACUGUCGUCGAAUGGUGAAGAAUCUCAUAGUGCAUCUGCAUCUGCAUCUUCUACUCCCAGUACCACACGGUCGCAGUCACCUCCCUCGGUUGAAAACUAUCCGAUGAAACAACCUGAAUCUGAACGGCCGGAACAGCGCGACGUGAAUCCAUAUCAGCAAGGAUUUGACUUUAAUGGAUUUCCAAAACUCGAUAAAGCCACAUUGGAUUUUCAGAGGUGUAUGUCUGAGGCAUUGGAGAAGCAACGAGCUGUGCGUAAUCGUUCUGACUCGUUUGGGUCCGUUUGUUCGAGCCAGAGGUCGGAUUCGUUCGGUUCUACUACUAGUCAGGAAGACUUGUUGGCAAAGAGGCAAGCGGUUAAUGAACGCCUUGCAAAAAAUUACCGCGCUCUGACGGGACAGCUGCAACGCCCUAUUGGAGUUGACUCUGAUACUGCCAAAACAAGUCGCGAGGUAUACAUGUCGAAGAUGAAUGGAAGGUCGAUGAAUCAUAGUGCCAUGAGUUACUUGAACUCGCAACAGGACUUGAAUCAAAGAUUUACGAAUCAGUUACAGCAGCGGUUGAAAAUCUCACCGCAGAAGCAAUUUGAUGCACUGAGAACUCAAUUAAAUUCAGUGAAUUACACGCAGACGAUAAAAGAUCUAGUGCAUGCAAGUGCUGUUUCGAAUCUUAAAGACAAACUGUUGCAAAAAUCAGACUCUUCAGAAAAUCUACACAGAAAUAAUCAACAAGGUUCCAUGAGGAAUUAUGCUGAAGAAGCAGGAUUUCAAACUAUGCGUAACAUCUUGAACGGUCAGAAACAAGUCUCAAAUUCAGGCCCGUCGCCUUUGUUGGCUUCAAUGUACCAGGCAUCGGCCGCGAAUGGACAGCCACCGUUUUAUCCCUAUAUAUCUUCACAAUAUCCGGCAGUGGCCUAUCCGUUCAGGAUGAUGCAACAAGUUCCGGUUGCCAAGAUGCACAAACAAAACGAUCAAGAGUUGGACCAGGUUCGCAGCCAGAAAUCUGAGUCGCCAAAUAUGCUCGACUCCGAAGCGUCGCACGGCCAGACAAUUGAGAGUAUGCAGCGCCAGAUGUCGCCUCUGAGGGAUCCUGCACCGAGUCCUCGGUCCAUCGCAUCCUGUCCUGUUGAAAUGGAAAGAUCAAAUCCAUGCUCCCGUGCCAUAACACCAAACUCGGAGCCAGCAAUGCCACACAUUGAAGAGCCACUGAACCUGUGCAAGAAGGAGUCCCCCAGACGUGAAAGUCCUGUCUCGAUACCAUCGUCACCACGGGCAAUGAUCCCAACUGCGAACAUAAAACAGGAACCAGAAUACAUUUUAUAGUCGAGAAGGGAUCAUCCUUUUACUAUUGGCUGAAUUUUCAUCAUGUGACUUUCAGUCAGUGAUUUCAUUGGAUAAGAACUAUGUCAUGUGACAUCUUUCUGUGAAUCCUAUUGGCUUCUCCAACGUUGACAAAAUAUGACUGUCUGUUGGCUGAUAUUUCCUGAUCAUGUGACUUUUAUUCCCCAAUUUGAUUGGUCAUGAACCAUUUUUCCGUAAUUUGCGAGGUUUGGAGAAGUGGGGAAAUUUUGCCCCAUUUUGUAUUGGAUCAAAUUUUCAGAAAACUACGUCCGAGAGUAUGUUCCUAGCGAGUAAUAUUAAUGAAUGGCAAUAAGUCGCAGAAAUUUUUAAAAUUUGUUCUCAAAUUGUGUGUAGAUUAGGUAUUUGAAUUAAUGGUGUACAUUGUAAGUGUGCAAUUGUUGGUCCUGUAGAUAUGAUGUGUCCCCACGAAUGUGGUUAAUUUAUUAGCUCACCCCAGGGUGUCUCUGUACAGUUAAUGACUCGUUUGAUAAUGUAAUUAUUGGUAUUGUUAUAAAACAACAUGUUUCAAAAAUGAGUUGCCCUGUUCUGUGAGACAACAGAGGUACAAGCUAUAAGCUUCCGUCUGAAGGUGUACAUGUAUUUAAGGUUUUGAAGGAAAGACGAAAAUUGUUUCUUAACCAAGUGAAAAUGAAAUCUUCACAAAAGAAUGUUUUGAUACUGCCAAUAGCAGAAAUACUAGUUCAAGUGCAGAAAUUUGAUGUAGGCUUUUUUCAAGAAAAAUAUUUCUCUUAUGACUAUGGUUAUUGAAAUGUAAGAAUCCUUUUGGUUCCCAAAGAAAUUUUGGAGAAAUUUGGCCCAGUUGUUAAAGCACAGUGGCCCAAAUGGACCUGGUCAUUUACUUCUGAAAAAGCCUAUAGUGCAAUGCUAUUGUCAGUAUAUGUCAGGCUUUCUUUGUGUAAUGUACAUGGGUUGCGUUGAACAGGGAGAUCACUCCGCCUCAAGUUGCUUCGAACUGCAUGUACUUUUACAUGUAAUAAUCUGUGUGAAGCUGUAAUUUGAGGAGAAUGUGACAUAGGGGAGUGCUGGUCGAGUUGUGACCUCACAAACGAAGGGACUUAAGAUAAUGGUGUGAUAUGGAUUCGCAGAAUUUCAACCCAAAUAAACAAUUUCCAAAUUUUUGGUUAUUCAAAAACGAAAAUGUGGGACUGUUCACCAACCACGAAGGAUUGGGCUACUGGUCCUGAGCACUCAUGUUCUGAAGAAUUCCAAUUAUUGAAUUUGUAAAAAAUCCUUGCAGGGAGGUUUCCAGUUUGGAAUAUUAAUACUCGUGAGACUUUUAAUUUGGAAAUUGUCUCCUUGGGUUAGAGUUUGUGAACAAUAUAAGGCGAUGUGAUGAAAUGUCCAUGAUUAAAUUUAAUAGCAAUUGUGAUUAGACCGAGCUGAAGGUGAUUUUGUCCUAGUGUAGAACUUCAAGAUAGAAAAAAAAUUGUAUUUUUUUCUUCUCAACAAAUAUGGUUGUUUGUCCAGUACACGGAUCGGAUGUCUAAAGUUGAGAGUGACAAGUCAGAAUAACAGGAAUUUGAUUUUCUGGUUUGUCAAUUUAUUCUUUUUGAUGAAUCAGCAUUCCUGUUUUCUGUCACUCUUUAUGAUAUAGAUGGUACAAUGAGCUUCAAAAUUGGACACCAAUGAUUUCAUGGUCUGGUUGCAGAAAAUUUGAUAUUUCCAAUUUUCUUGCAAUGUAGAGUGAAGUAGCUUUAUUGGUCUUUAUUGGUCUCAUUUGUUCAAAUGAGUUCAUUGUUUUAUAUACAAGAUGAAAGGGGUGGAAAUGUUUGAAAAAUUUAUCUGUAAAAAACACAUGGGAAGAAAGGGUCUUGCUUAAACUAGUUUGAAAACAGUACCAUACAAAGUUGUACCUUCUACUCCCAUCUUGUAAGGUAAAGUGGUCCAAUUAUAGCCACAACUGUGUAAAACACAGCCGGCAGUACCAAUUAUGCACACAGAUGUUAUAAUUGUACAGGUUAUAAUUGAUACAAGAGAUACAAUUAUAACAUGUACAAUUAUAACAUCUGUGUGCAUAAUUGGUACUGCCGGUUGUGUUUUACACUGUUGUGGCUAUAAUUAGACCACUUUACCUUACUAGAGAUUAAAAGUCCCUUUGAACAUGAGCCGUUGAACGUGAGAGACUCUAAAAAACUUGUGCCAUAUUUUGUGCUUUGAGUGUGCUUAGUCUUGGUGCUCAUGUGCUGGAGUUAAGUGAAGUUGUUAUUAAAUGCCCGUUUCACGUGUUUGUGGCAAAUCGAAUUAAAAAAACUAACUAAAUCCCAUUUAAGUAGAUGGUGAGGUAACAACUUUAAAAUUUUGGAGGUUUCGAUUAAAGGUAAUAAUACCUUUUUCUGUGAAAAUUGGAGGCUUAAGAGUACAAUACUUUUGAAGGAAGGAGUUCAAAAUGUGUUGCUAGUAUCAAAUCAGAAAAUCUUGUGUAAAAGUUCUUUGUGAAUCCAUAUGUUGAGUGUUGAAUUUCCUUAUAUCAUUUUUUGCUGCGUCCAAAAUUUAAAUCUUGUUAAUUGUAACUAGUUCUUUGUUGUCUAAACCGGCCACAAGCAGAAUAUUGCAAAGUCGUUUCAUCCUUAAAAUGCUGGGAAUGAUGUAGGUUGAUGUACACAAAAUGUACUGUUAAAAAGUAAGUUUUAGGUUGGAACGGACUUGAUAUUUUGUCGUGUUAUGAAAGUAUAUAAAGUAAUUCUAAUCAAAUUAUUUAUAGCUAAACUACCUCUAGAUGGUAUUUGGACUGGUCCAUGUAAUGUGUGCUUUAGCCAUUGGAGUAGUCUAUUUCAUGUUGGUAGAGGUGAUAAGUGAAUUCAUGGUUUAUGUUGUGCUUAAUAAGGUUACCAUAAUUACCUCAAAAAACUUCAGAUUAAUCAUAUUUGGACCAAAUGCGCUUAGUCAUAUUGUGAGUGAAUUUUCUUGCCCAGUGUUUGUAUUUUUGCAGUCCGGCAAUAUUUCAUAUAAGUGUCCAUUAAUCUGUCUAUCUAGUAUUCCAUAACCUAGUUCAGGUUGGAGGUGGGGUCAAAUUUACUUCAGGAGGACUUGUUGCCAAGUAUUCCUUGAAAGUAGACAAGUUCGAACAGGUACAAUUUAUUUGAAAAGUACCAACAAGAAGUGACGUACAGAUGGAAUUUUAGCAUUUUAUUUCUAUCAAAUUCCGACAAGAAAGUUUUACCCUGAAUUCCUAGGAGUUGCCACUGUUAGAUGGCGUUUGAAUUUGUUAGCUGUAAAUUUAUUGUAGAUCCUUAAAUUAUUUCAAGUCAUUUUAGUGUGUUAGCGACUUUUUUACCCAGUUGGUAAAUACAUACAAAUUUUAGAUACCCAAGAUUGAGAACCUCAUACUCAUUGUACAAUAUCCUGGUUUUGAGGUUGAUGGCGUUGACGUUGUCCUACCUUUUAGUUUUUUGGGCGAUGUUGGCAUCUUAAGCUCAAAAUCAGGAUAUACUUUUGGGAACGAGGUUGCUUUAUCGAUACGUUGAAUUGUUGAUGGUUUGGUAGUUUUCUCAUCUCAUACUGGGCCGGGUUGCUCAAUCGGCAUUGUCAGUAACGUUGGCAUUCUGUGCUAGCCUACUACUGUAAAUGAGUUUUACUGAAGUCGAUAGCAUAGUCGAGCUCAGUCAUACUGGCCUUUGUCUCUAACACUGGUUGAGCAAGUGGACCCAGGUCAGCUUUCCAUGUCGGGAGUAAAAAUGUCAUCUGCUCCUUGACUGAUGGACAGUCGUGUCAUUCAUAAACAUGAACACCCACAAUUUUAAAUAUAAAAGAGAUAACUUUGGUACAAAAGAUUUGUAUUCCAGGGACACUUUAUGGCCUUGGCUAGAGCGGGGAGUAAUUAAAAUAUGCGGACUUUUGUUAUUUCUCCCAUGUGCAGUAAUGACCAAAAUUUGAUGUGACGUCCAUGUGCUAUGCUUGACAGACAAUGCUACGAUCUUUGCUUGAGACUAGAAAAACUACCAAUUUUUGCAUGUGCAUAUUAUAAAACUUAAACUAAGUAAUUUAUUUGUGUUUGUGUCAAUCCAGGAUCCAACUUUCCUGCAAGUUGGACCAGAAUGCAUCUUUUUAGGGCUUUUUGUACAAUGUGCAAUGUCCAGAUUGGGUGUAAUAAGAAAACAACAGUGUCUGUAUAACGAUGCUUUUGCAGGGAAAUAAACAUUAUUGAAAGAA